CACUCAUAAUUCUUUCGUCCUAAUUUUUGACUUCAAAACAAAGAAUCCCCAACGCGCAAUAUUCCAUUCAUCGACCUGUAAAAUAAUCAAAAGAAAUUCCCGAAUAAUUUGUAAAUUUUAAAUUAAAUUAAGUCUUCAAUAUAACGUGCUCUAGCUCUGCUCUGUUCUCAUUCGUUUCAUAGCGUUGAGUAUUUUCCCUUCAGAUUGUUGAUUCAGUGAUGGCUUCUAAUGAACCGAAGCAAGGAGGUGGCGGUUUCUUCGCGUCCAUCGCCGCCGGUUUGUCGACUUUUGGUUCCGCCAUGACCAAAUCGGUUAACGGUUUAUUGGGUUAUGAAGGGCUGGAAGUUAUUAAUCCAGAAGGAGGCACAGAGGAUGCUGAAGAGGAAGCAAAGAAAGGAAGAUGGAAGCAAGAGGAUCGGGAUGGUUACUGGAAGAUGAUGCAGAAAUAUAUAGGAUCUGAUGUCCAAUCAAUGGUGACCCUUCCGGUACUUAUUUGUGAGCCAAAUACGAACCUCCAAAGAAUGGCAGAGUUGAUGGAGUACUCCAACCUGCUAGAUCUGGCUGAUAAAUGCGAGGAUCCUUACAUGAGAUUGGUGUAUUCCUCAUCAUGGGCUAUAUCUGUCUACUAUGCAUACAAACGAGCCUGGAAGCCCUUUAAUCCAAUUCUUGGUGAAACUUAUGAAUUAGUUAAUCAUGGUGGCAUUACGUUUAUAGCCGAACAAGUUAGUCAUCACCCUCCAAUGUGUGCUGGACAUGCUGAAAAUGAGCACUUCGCUUAUGAUGUGACUUCAAAGUUGAGAACUAAAUUUUUGGGAAACUCGAUUGAUGUUUAUCCUGUUGGAAGGACACGUGUGACCCUCAAGAGGGAUGGAGUAGUUCUCGAUUUGGUGCCCCCUCCUACAAAAGUUAACAACUUAAUUUUUGGACGAACUUGGAUUGAUUCACCAGGGGAGAUGAUCAUGACAAACUUGAACACCGGAGACAAAGCUGUGCUAUAUUUUCAACCAUGUGGCUGGUUUGGAUCUGGUCGUUAUGAAGUGGAUGGAUAUGUGUAUAAUGCUGAUGAGGAACCCAAGAUAUUGAUGACUGGGAAAUGGAAUGAGUCAAUGAAUUACCAACCCUGUGACUCGGAAGGGGAACCACUUCCAGGCACUGAACUAAAGGAGGUUUGGAGAGUUGCUGAUGCACCAAAAGAUGACAAACAUCAGUAUACAUAUUUUGCUCACAAGUUAAACAGCUUUGACACUGCUCCUAAGAAGUUCUUGUCGUCAGAUUCUCGUUUGCGCCCUGAUAGGUGUGCACUAGAAAAUGGUGACCUAUCAAAAGCUGGUUCGGAAAAGACCAGACUGGAAGAGAGGCAGAGAGCUGAAAAGAGAACUCGGGAGGCCAAGGGUGAUAAAUUCACUCCUAAAUGGUUUGACAUUACUGAUGAAUUGGCCUCUACCCCUUGGGGUGAAUUGGAGGUGUACAAGUACAAUGGCAAGUAUGCUGAACAUCGGGCAGCUUUUGAUAGUUCAAACGGCAAUGAAGAGAGUAAUGCCACGUCAACCGAAUUCAACCCCUGGCAGUAUGAAAGCUUGGCUGCUGAAUGAACAAGAAUUGAAUGGAUUUUCCUGUAUGCUAUGUAUUGUUUAAUUCUUUAUCCACUCUUGUUAUGUUAGCUAGUGUCAACUUAUGACUCAUCAUUUUAGAGCGUUUUAUGCAGCAUGUAGCUUUAUUGUUCUUUUA